CGCGCGCGCUUUUGACAGAUUCCCCUCGCGUUUUUCGUUCCGAGCCCGCGAUUCUGACAGGCAGCUGAUUCAGAUUUUUUCGCUCUCGCGUUGGCAGCACGCCAAGAUCGUCGUCCAAAAUUUCGCAAGAAAAGCUGCUGCAACACAAAUUUCGCGGAUUUUCCGUUACGGUGUGAUCUUUUUCCGGUGAUAGUGCGUCCCGUGGUGUCCAGAUUGAGUGGUGUCGGUGAGGCACCGGCUAACGUAAAACCCGAUCCAUUCGUGGAGUACCAGAUUCGGUCGGAGCCCCCCCGAUGUUGACACGUGUUUGAGGUUAGAAUUCUCUUUCUUCUCUGGCUGUGGGAAGAGAACAUCAAAAAUCGUGCCAAAAGCAAAAGUGGUAGCAACAGGAGGCCCAAAGUUACAGCGUAAAAGGAGCGUUCGGGUGUUGUUACAUAAAUAGGGAGCCGAAGAAGCGCAGGAAAUGGCAACCGGGGAGAGGAUACUGACGGUCGCUCUGCGUACCAACUACGACAUACGCCGACAGGAGGUAGCCGACGAAAAGUGGGAAUGCUUGCUGUAUCUGCACGACACCAAGCCGAUCGAUCCGGAAUGUCCACCGACAAAGGCCGAAUUGGAAGCUGCCGGGCUGUUGCCGGCCCAGCAGGACCGCCAGAAGUCGCCGGAGGAGGAAACGAAGCAGCAGGAUCCGGAGGUGCUGUUCGACAAACUGUUCGAGCUCGAUAUCGACUAUCUGAAGAGCCUGGAUCCGAAGGAUUGGAAGAAUCAGGAUCACUACGCUGUGCUUGGGCUGAAGAAGAUGAGAUUCGAGGCUACAGAGGACGACAUCAAGCGCGCCUACCGUAAGAUUGUUCUCAAGCACCAUCCGGAUAAGCGAAAAGCUCUGGGCCAGGAGGUGAAGCAAGACGAGGAUUACUUCCACUGCAUUACGAUGGCCUACGAGACGCUGGGGACGCUGAAGAAUCGACGCGCCUUCGAUUCCGUCGAUCCGGAAUUUGACGAUGCGCUGCCAUCGCAGAACGAGGUCAAGAAGGACUUCUACAAAGCGUUGAGGAAUGUCUUCAAGCGCAAUUCUCGGUGGAGUGAAUCGAGAAAGCCGGUUCCGCAGCUCGGUGACGAGAAUACGGAACGGUCCAAGGUAGAGGAGUUCUAUGACUUUUGGUACAACUUUUCGAGCUGGAGAGAAUUCAGCUACUUGGACGAGGAAGACAAGGAAAAGGGACAGGACCGUGACGAGCGCCGUUGGAUCGAGAAGCAGAACAAGGCUAUCAGAUUGCAACGAAAGAAGGAAGAAUCUGCGAGAAUAAGGUCCUUGGUUGAUUUGGCUUAUAACAACGAUCCCCGUGUGGUCAAAUUCAAGAAGGAAGACAAGGACCGCAAGUUGGCGGCGAAGCGUGCAAAGCAGGACGCUUAUCAGGCACAGAAGGCAGAGGAGGAUCGGCUGGCUAAGGAGGCGGCUCUAGCAAAACAGAAGGCAGCAGAGGCAGAACAAAAACGCAUCGAGAACAUUCAAAUCGAGAAGGAGAAGAUGAAACGUGCCUUAAAGAAGGAACGAAAGACCCUUCGGGAUGCUGCCAAAGCCAAUGACUACUACACGAAAGACGACAAGGAACGCCUGAAGCAUUUGGAAGGCGUAGAGAAACUAUGUGAAUCUUUGAAACUGCUUGAGCUGCAAGAAUUCAACAAGGAACUCAGUUCCGGAGGCCGAAAUACCUUCGUCAAGGCUCUGGACGAGUUGGAAGCCAAGCUAGAAGAGGAACGACGUGCUCAAUCAUCUCAGAGUCAAUCUAUCCCUAACAAUGCCGGCCUCAAAGUGGUGAAUCGCAAAGCCCUGUGGAGUCACGACAAUGUCCAAUUGCUCAUCAAAGCGGUGAAUUUGUUCCCAGCUGGAACCAUCUCCCGUUGGGAUGUCAUCGCCAACUAUCUCAACCAGCACGGAACCAACUUGGGCGACAUGAAGUUCUACGCCAAGGACAUCCUGAACAAAGCCAAGGAACUGCAAAGCGGCGACUUUUCCAAGAGCGAUCUUAAAACGGUUGUCAACCAGCAAGCGUACGAGUCGUUUGAAAAGGGCAGGAAGGACUUGAAAAAGGUGGACAAACCUGACAUCAGCCACAAGGAUGACGACGAAGCCACACCGGCCAAAGUGAACGGAACUGCCGCGGAAGUAAAAAUGAACGGCGUACAUGAACCGUCAGAGGAAAAGGAAAACAUCAGCAAGCCACAGAAAGCCGCCAAAAAAGAGUCACAACAGCCACAGAAGGUGAAGGAACCUCAGGCAGCGGCAGCACCGACGACGCAUGCACCAGCGCAGACUCCAGCUCCGGCGGCAGCCCCCACUAAAGACGCCAAGAAGGACAAAAAGGAGAACAAAGUGUGGAGCAAGGAGGAACAAGCUCUGCUGGAGCAGGCCAUGAAGACUUACUCGACGUCGACGCCGGAUCGGUGGGACCGGAUAGCGGAGUGCAUUCCGAACCGAACGAAGAAGGACUGCCUGCGGCGAGUGAAGGAACUGGUCGACUUGGUCAACGCCAAGAAGGAAGCCCAGCAGGUCACCGGCAAGUGAGAUCGGUCGGUCGGUUGAACGGAAGCAACGCGAGAGCUACUAUCUGUUUAGUGCCGCCCCCCGCCCCAUUUGUCCUUCAUUCUUUGCGGUAGAAACAUACAAAUAUGUGACAUCUCUGCUACCUACUAUUAUCUUACGUUUUUUAGGUCUUGUAAAUAAUGUCUCUUAACACAUGGAAAAUUAUUAAAACAAGUGAUAGGAUAAACACUACAA